AUGAACCCCCUUGGGCUCGAUUUUAACAGUGCCUACUUCGAUCAGUCUGGCCCGCAACUGGCGGCAGUAUUCACCCCAGACAUCUACAAUGGCCGGAUACAAACCUUCUACGAUAGAUCCGACGACGCGACUUUGCCAGUUUCAUUCAAAGAGGCCGCCUUCUUAUUCAACAAGAAACGUCUGAAGGUGUCAAAAACCGAACAAAAUGCUUGGGUGGAGGUUGCUGUGGAAUAUUGGAAAGCACUGGACGAACUAUUUACGUACCAGAAUCGCCAGCCCGGAGCUAGUGCGGUUGUGAUAUUCAAUGCCUGGAAAAAGUUCGUCAAUGUGCUGAUCAGAGGAUACUCGGGCUCCUCCUCUUUUCCUGCCUGGACCUUGCCAUUGUUAUAUAUUAGCGGCAAGUACUUACGUAUCUUUGCGAUUAAGGCCGAUGCCGAAGUUGUCUCCCAAGGCUCAGCAAGCUUUGGGUUCCAGGAUGACAUAGCUGCCGAUUUCGAGAAGAAUGGGAACUUGGAGGAGGCUGCGCGAAUUAUGAAUCGCAUGUUCACAUUAUGCUUGAGUGACCGUGCACCCAUUGAAGAUUCCCGCAAAUGGGGCAUUUACAACACUACAAAUUUGCUUUUCAAAACAUAUUUUAAGAUCAAUUCGGUUGGCCUCACUAAGAAUCUCCUCCGCGCAAUCAAUGCCCAAUCGCAUGACUUACCGCCAUUGGAGGCAUUCCCAAAGUCUCACAUCGUGACUUUCGAAUAUUAUGUUGGCGUCAUUCACUUUUUGGACGAGAACUAUAUCGAGGCGGAGACACACCUGACAUCUGCUUGGAGGAUGUGCCACCGACAAGCUCUCAAAAACCGAGAAUUGAUUCUUACAUACCUCAUUCCUUGCCAUUUGGUCACAACCCAUACUCUCCCCAGUCACCGCUUACUUGCUCAAUUCCCUCGCCUCGAGGCAUUUUUCCGCCCUCUGUCCAAUUGCAUCCGAAAGGGUGAUCUCGUCGGCUUUGACAGAGCCAUGAGUGCUGGCGAGGAAGAAUUUGUAAAGAGGCGCAUCUACCUACCUCUGGAACGUGGACGGGAUAUUGCCUUGCGCAAUCUGUUCCGCAAAGUCUUUAUCGCUGGUGGGUUUGAACAGGCCAAGGAUGGGCAGCCUCCCAUUCGUCGAACCCGUGUACCUGUCGCAGAGUUCGCCGCAGCAUUACGUAUUGGGACCCAUGCUACAGCUCGGACUCGAGUUGAUACUGAUGAGGUUGAGUGCUUAUUAGCCAAUCUCAUCUACAAGGGUCUGAUGAAAGGAUACAUCGCUCGUGAACGAGGCAUCGUCGUGUUAAGCAAGAACAAUUCUGCUUUCCCCGGGACUGGUGUCUAA